AUGGUCGCACUCUCUGAGUGCUUGGUCAGGGUGCCCUUGAUCAAGCACAAGACCAUCAGGGAGGACCUGGAAGAGAAGGGUGAAUGGGAGAAUUUCAGGAAGAGAUUCCCCUACCAUCCCUAUGCCAAGUUUGACCAGACUGUGAGAGGAGCUGAGCAGAUGACCAACGAUGCUGACCUUGCCUACUAUGGAGUCAUCUCCAUCGGCACUCCUCCUCAGUCCUUCAAGGUGGUCUUUGACACCGGCUCUGCCAACCUCUGGGUUCCCUCCGUCUUCUGUAGCAGCCCUGCCUGUGGAAACCAUCUGAAGUUUGAUCCCUCCAAGUCCUCUACCUUCACCAGCCUUGGAAAGGCACUUUCUAUCCAGUACGGAACUGGCUCCAUGGAGGGCUCUUUGGGAACGGACAACGUUGAGGUGGGAGGUCUGACUGUGACCAAGCAAGAGUUUGGAUAUAGCCAGUACGAGGCAAGUUUCAUGUACUACAUGAAGGCCGACGGUAUCCUGGGUCUGGCGUACGCCAACAUUGCUGUAGAGGGAAUCACACCCGUUUUCGACAACAUGGUGUCACAGGGAGUCAUUAGUAACGACUACUUCUCAGUUUACCUGAGCAGGAGUCCUGCCACUGGAAGUGAGGUGGUCUUUGGCGGAUACGACCCUGAGCAUUACAAUGGCGAUCUCAAAUGGAUCCCCCUGUCCUCCGAGACCUACUGGCAGAUCACCAUGCAGAGCAUCACCGUCAAUGGCAAAGUUGUUGCUUGCGCCGAUGGUUGCCAGGCUAUUGUGGACACUGGAACCUCCUUGAUUGUUGGCGGUGAGGUCAACAAUCUCAACCAGGCAGUGGGCACUUCUAACGGAGUGGUGGAGUGUGCUUCCCUUGAAAGCCUGCCCGAGGUGACCUUCAACAUCAAUGGAUACGCCUUCACCAUCCCUCCCUCUGCUUACGUUCGUCAGCUGAGCUCUGGUUGCUACACUGGUUUCGAGAACAGCUUCAGCAAUGGCGUUGGCAACGGCCUGUGGAUUUUGGGAGACGUCUUCAUUAGGGAGUACUACACUGUCUUCAACAUGCGUGAUAACUAUGUUGGCUUUGCCGCUCUUAGGUAAAUACCUUCUGUAGACAAAUACAGUAUCAUGAUCUUGGGCAUGUUACAUGGCAAGUCAUCUUCACUUAGCCUCAAUCCUGUAUUCAUUGUAGUAUUGAUGUUUUUUUUUGUGUGACAACCAUGUGAGUUAAAAAUGUUCUUGAAUAAAAGUUACU